CUUUAACAAAUAUAUGUUUAAAUCUAAGAGUGCCAGAUACAAAAUUUUUGAGUGACAAUUGAUUUUGGAGCUUGGGAUGAUUUAAAAAAUGCUUAAAUAUUUCGGACUGUCUUCAUAAAUUGUAAAUUAUUUAUCAACAUUUAUGAUGAACUUGUUUGUUUUGUUAGUUUUACUUUACCCGGCGAUCGUCGAUGUUAAGUCCACGGUGGAGCAAGACUGUCUAAUAUUGCACAACCGGCUUAGAGCUCGGCAUGCUGUCCCAGAUCUUCAGUUGUCAUCAUCCCUUUGCGAAGAUUGUCAGGCGUAUGCUGCCGUUCUGGAACAUUCGCAAAAUGAAGGAAAUUACACGGAAAACAUAGAAGUCACUAUUGGAAACCCUUUAAAAUCUGUGAAGAAAUGGUAUGAUGAAAUAGAAUAUUACAACUUUCACCAGCCGGGAUAUAGUGAAGAUACGUGCCACUUUACUGCUCUGGUUUGGAAGUCAUCAGAGAUGUUCGGAUAUGGCCAAGCCGAUGAUAGCGAAGGAAAAACGUACUUAGUUGCCAGAUAUGUUCCGGCCGGAAAUCAGGAAGGAAAGUAUCGCGAAAACGUUCGGAAACUCAGAAGGCGCUCCAUGAGAAACAAAGGAAUUUGUCUGUUUGUUAAUUUCCACAAUUUUGUCAUUGCGCAAAUAACAAUCUUGCUCCUUUACCAUUGAACAUGCCUUUUUAUGCUAAGCUGACCCGGAUACGCAGGAAGGAUACGCCUAAGGAUACUUCAUAGAUCGUGUAUUUUUUUUGACAAUUACUUGUAGACAAACAUAAUUUUUUUAAUUUUUAAUUUAUAUGAGAAAACGACGAAAUGUCUAAAAGUAUUUAAGGGUAAAAAGUA